AUGGGUAUGGUCAGGAUCGUUUCCCAGUACACCAAACAAGAGUUCAUGUGCUUGUUAACAGAUACCCUAAGUUUACAAAACCUCAUAUCGGCUCGAGAUGACCAUUUUUAUGAAACCAGAAUGUGGUUAGAAAGGAUUAAUUUGGUGGUUGAUGAACUGGUGCAGGUUGGAGAAACUAUGCGUUGCACGUUAGGAUCACUUCUAUCAGUCUACGCCGUUUCUAGUUCAUGGAAAACAGCCAAUACAACAGAAUUGAAAUUAUACAGAGAUAAAAUCACAGAAUUGAUGGAUGGGAUGUAUCCAGCAUUUGAGAGCUUUACGGGAAUUCCCUUUCCUUUAAUCAACCCAUAUGAAAAUUUUGUUGAAUUCGUCGACCGGAACGAAGAUAUUUCUCAUUUAGAAAACUUUGGAGGAAUUCAUAUGGAAUUCUGUUAUCUGAGUCGGCUUUCAAAAAAUGACAAGUAUUGCGAAACCGCGGAGACAAUUCGAAAGAUUGUGCUCCGUAACCGUGAUGAAAUAGAAAUUCCGAAUAUUUUUCAUAUUGAAAAUAAGGAUUACAGACGGGGAGUUUGCCCACUAGGUAGUUGCUUCCACCGCCAGUUGAUUAAUUCUUCGCCAACGAGAUACACAACAUAUAAGUUAUUCAAAACUUUGCAACAAGGUUUCGAAAAGGCUAAAGCUGCUGAUUUGAUAACAUUUUAUGCCUUGUUGAGCAUGGAAGCAAAAAAAAGCAUGUUCACAGAUGUAGCCGAGAUGAUUUUGUAUUCUUAUGAAGCAGGGUUUACCGACCUAUACUACAUCAAUAAACAGGGUGUAAUGGAAAAACCUGCCCCAAAUGCAAUACAGCGAGAUGCUAUUUUGGCGCAAUCCUAUUUCUACGUAUACAGGGCAACAUCGGAGAAUAAAUAUAAGGAGUAUUGCCGUAUUAUAAUUGACAAUUUGAAAAAUGUUGUAAAACACCGUCAAGCACAAGGUUUAGAUUGGUCAUACCAGGAGGCUCGACAUAUCAUGAAGAAUCAUCCAGAAUUAUCGGUGUUGCACACGUUGAAUAACCUUCGACCUGAUGAGCCUAAAAAAAGUCCAGUCUCUAUGAAGCCUAAAAAGAAAAACUAA